CAAUAAGAUGUAAAAUGUGUUGCAUAUAUUCGAAUAAUAGUAGAACUAGAACUUGAAAUGUAAAAUGUUAGAGAGUAAGGUUGAAGUUAAAUAAUAGAAGUAUUUAUGGUCAAAAAUUUUAGUUAUUUACUAUACCUUUUUAAAAGAUAACAGUCCAACGAAAAUAAUAAGGUUCGUGAUAUCUGUAAACGUUCUGUAGGUAUUUUAAAGAAUUUCGGUGUCACAAGCCUUUGACAUUGAAACUUAAGAUUCAUUUCAAACAUGGAUUUAGAUUCUGAAGAUGAAAAUGUAAUGGAAGAGGAUUAUUACUCCUUUUUAAACAUACCUAGGGAGGCCUCCAAGGAAGAAAUUAAUAAUGCUUAUAGAAGAUUAAGUCGAAUUUACCACCCUGAUAAACAUGUUGACCCAGAACUUAAAGAAAAAGCUGAAAUUAUGUUUAAUAAAACCAAAAAGGCCUAUGAAGUUUUGUCAGAUCCUCAUAGAAGAGCUAUUUAUGACUCUCUUGGUACCAAAGGCUUAGAAACAGAAGGUUGGGAAAUAGUACAAAGAACGAAAACUCCUGCAGAAAUACGGGCUGAAUAUGAACAGCUAGCUGAAGAACGAGCAGAGAGGCUUAAAAAACAAGCUACCAAUCCAACAGGCAAUGUUACUAUAGCUGUUAAUGCUACUGAUCUUUUUAAUCCGUAUUAUGAUGAGUUUUUGGAUGAAGAAUAUGAAAGUGACUUUCUAACUCAAUUUCCAAAUAUAGAAGUAUCUUCAAUGCAAUUCAGUCAAUCUGUAGAUUUCCCUCUGACUCAAAAAGACUCUUGUACACUUUCUGGGCAACUGCAGACCCAAAAUGGAACUGGAGGAGGAGGAAUUAAUUUAAGCUGGAGGCAUAUAUUUUCACAUAAAAGCUGGGCAGAGAUGGAAAUGACAGCAGGUAGUGGACCAGCAUUAUCUUUUAAAGGAUUUAGGACACUCACUCGGAGGUUUUUUUGGAAUGGUGGUACAAUUUUACAAUUUACUCCAGAAGGUAUUAGACCUGGAGUAAUGUCAACUUUAGCAAUGCAAGUAGAUAAGCAUUCUGUUGGAUACCUAUCGUAUCAAGGAGGUGUUAGAUCUGCUUUCACCACACAGAUCAUUAGGGAUACAGAGAGAAAUAGAUACAACUUUUCAAUACAAGUGGGUUUACCACAUUCUUUUGUCCUUUUACAAUAUACAAGGAAAAUUUUAAGUCAGGAAUUAAAACUUAGGAUAGCAAUAAAAGCAGGCACAUUUGGAGGAGUUAUAGAAUAUGGGGCAGAGAAGAAGAUAUCAAAACAUAGUAAUCUUUCUUUUGCUGUUGUGUGUGGUGUGCCUUCCGGAGUCAAACUAAAAAUUCGAUUGACAAGGGCAUCGCAGACCUACUCCUUUCCGAUCCAUCUUUGUGAAGAAAUUAUGCCUGCGCCUGUAUUUUAUGCCACCAUAGUGCCUUUAGUGAUAUAUGUAGUAGUUAAAAAAGGAUUUGUGGAGCCGUUCUUGCGAGAAGAAAAGAACAAAAAAGUAGAAAAACAAAAGCAAAAUAACUACAAUAAGUUGUUGGAAAAGCGGCGGGAGGCAAUGGCAGCUCAGGAUCUUAUGCAUGCUACUUACAAUAGGAUAAGAGACGAGGAGAGUAAUAAGAAAGGAUUGGUUAUUAUUAAAGCUAUUUAUGGAAAAAUAAUGAGAGAUCGUGGUGAUACUGAACAAGCAGAUGCUGAGAUGACCAAUGAAGUAGUAGAUGUUACUAUUCCUGUACAAUGUCUAGUCAAAGAUAGUAAAUUAGAAAUACAUGUUCAAAACAAAUCUGAACUACCUGGUUUCUUUGACUCUGCACUAGGUGAAGAAAAAAUGUUACAUAUUAUUUACAACUAUCAUGAUCAACCUCAUGAAGUUACUGUAGGAGAGACUGAACCUUUACGAUUACCAAAAACUUCACAUCGGACAAAUAUUACGUAGUAAAAGGGCAAUUGCAUUUAGUGUAAAAUUAGAACCCAUGUGAGAAUCAAAAUUGUAGAAAUUUUUAAAAGGAGCAAGUUGUAACUGUUUUCGUGCCCCUGAUAUCCGAACUGUUUGUUUUUAUUUGAUGUUGAAAGAUAUCUUUUUUAAAAUAAAUAAAAUUGUUGCCCAAA